AUGGAUGGCGACCAACGUAUGAAGCAGCAUGAGCGGUUGAUGGCACGAUCUGGGAAUAGUGCGGCCGGUGGCCGUGCAACGGAUCAUUUCGAGUCAACGGGCAUGCACCCACGUGGAGAACCAACGGGGAUGUCGCAGGCGCCAGAGCGGGCUCAGAUGUCCUACGACCAGUACGGAUACACAGGCGGCUCCUACCAUAGUGGUUCACUACAGCCCCACGAGCUACCUGGUUACCCGCCCGAAUUUACACGGUCUCGUCAGGGCCAAGUAACCCAGCAACACCCACACCCACAUUCACAUACACAGCAACAUCCAAAUCCACAAUCACAUCAGCACCAGCAUCAGCAUCAAACCCCACAUGAGCAACACCCAUCACAGCCCGGCCAGCAAUCGCAGCAGCAGUCUCGACGAAGGACGCCACACGACCCUGCGCUGCCGUUCGUACCGUACGAGUCGGCAAUGCUGUACGGCUUCGGUCAGCAGGGUCCAGCACAAGGGCCGUUCGACGUUGUUCCACAGUACUCACCACGGCAGUCUGCAGCGAUUGAAGCCCUGUCGAACCAAUUUGCCGUUCCACAGUAUUUCACCCCAGAAGAGUCUACGGCAACGGGUGUUCCAAAUCCAGCCCUCUCACCUUAUCUCGGGCAGCAGCAAAUCCCAUAUAAUCACCCCGGUCCCAUGGCACGCCCGAGCACCACCCAGCCCUUUCCCGCUACCAUGUCCGAUUUCACUCCGAUCGGUACCGCGGGGUCAAGCCGAUUGGAUCCGCAACCUCCACAGAUUCAGCAUCAUUCGGAUCCCCCCCAGCUGCCUGCUUCAGACCUCUCCUCCCUCGAGGAAGCUUACUCCCAGUAUCAGCGCGCACUGCGCAGCACCUUUGACCAUACCCGUACUGGGCGAUUAGUGGAGGCGAGCAGAUCACUAUUGGAAAUUUCUGAGUGGCUUGUGACUAACUCACGGGAUCUUGGAAUCCUACGCGACGACAAUCUUUCUUACCCUGACCGCCUGGAACUGUGGAAAGAAUUCAAUAUCUGUUGGCUGGCCGUGUGUCAGAAACAGAAGGAUCUAACCCAGGGUUAUACUGGUGAUCAUCCAUCUGUCCAAAUUACUCUACUCACUCGAGAUCGAAUGGAGGCGAUGGGGAAAGCUCUGAUUCAGCUCUGUGAUCAAUUAGAGCAACACGGCCUAGUGGAUUACCAGAUGGGGAUUUGGGAAGAGGAGAUCCUCUGUGUACUUGGUCAAUGCCUCGAUCUACUGGAAAGCAAACCCGAACUACGGAUGCAAGCGGUUCCUGAACCACCAACCGCAGUUCCGCGACCUUGA